UCGCCAUGUUUUAUUGCAGUUGCGAGCGCCGUAAAAACUCUCACUAAACUAAACUGUCUACUUCUGUUGGUAGAUGAUUCUCAUGGAGAACCAAUUGUCUGUGCUCAAACACAUGCUGCACACGCCGUCCGCGAGGCUCAACUGGUUCUCACUCAACGUCAAAGACUGCAUGGGCGUAUGUUUCGCCAAACUGCAGUCGUUUGAGACAAUGGUGAACACCCUGCGGCACAACUCCUCAGACAUAGGACAGAUUCUGACGGAUAUACAAGACCUCCACUUGUUCCGGCGUCGGACCCCAGUCGUGCCAGGACAUGUCAACGGAUGCAAGGAAGUAUUCGACUACGCCUUCAGCCAGCGGGAUCAGGAUAUAGAGGUGGCAGCGAAGAAGGUAUCGAAAAUCACGAUCCUCCUCACCAAAAUGGAGUCGGUUCUGGGCAACAGAGAGUCGGAGAGUGGCGCCUUCAGUUUCUCUGGGCACUGGGAGAAGAAGAUCUUCCACGCUCUUACACAGAUGGUGAUAGGCAACCUAAAGUGGUUCAACUUCCAGCUCCGAUCAGACAAGCCUCUGUUCUCCAUCGAGAGUCUGCUGGCUUCCCCUGACGUGGUGCUCAAUCCACAGACCAACGACAUCUACAAGACAGUGGUGUCUGCAGCCAGGGACGUGGUCGCCAGGACCAAAAAGUUCGUGCGCUGGCUCAACGGUACGUACACCGAGGCACCGCCCCAGAAAGUCAAAUUCCUCGACCAACCUUUCGUGUACUCCUUCUUCACUGACAUCGCACCCAACCCAGAGGUCAUAGAGCUCAUACAGACAGUUGUGACCAUAGACCUUUCAUCCAGCACCAGCUGGUCCUUGGGGACUUUAGAAGCUGUAAAGGCUUGGACUGUCUCCAGCGGGACCGGUAUUGGCGGGUUCCCCGAGCUCGAGCACAAGGCAAAGGUCAGGGUCACGAUCAAGGUGAAGGUCACAAAAGAGGAAGGGUUGAAGGUGAAUGGCAUGGUGGACGGCGUCGAAUUCCUCCUAGAAAGAUAA